AUGGUUCGCCGUAACAAGGAUGGGACUUGGCCUCUACUCUCUACAAAUUGGCCAUCCUUCCUAUAUGCUGCUGAGGCCACCUAUGAUAGUGAGGACCCGAACAUUGGCCUCUUUCACAGGCAUGCUGGUAUCAGGGCAUUCCAGCACUUGUACCUAGGACCUGCUGCUGCAGGAUCACAGGAACACAAUGAUGACAAUGGCAAGCAUGGCAGAAGCAAGUCCAAGGCUACCGUGUAUGGACUUACAAAGGUGACACCACAAGUGUGGGCCUGGGCCAUGUGUGCGGUGUGGUUUUCCCUCUCUGCCUGUAACUCAUACAAAAUGUGCAUUGGGUCAUUCAAUCUAGAAAAAUUCUUUUUUGCUAUCAUCAAAACACUCAAUGACCCCAAGGACCCAUGGGCAGUUUUUGGGAAACAUGCAGUCAAGGCCAUGACAACCACCUCAGAUCACACUGAUUCUGACCUUGCGAAAAUGUUCCCUUCGCAGGCUACACCUUCCACAUCAUCACCACCAUGGGCCUUGACACCACUAUCUGACUUGGAAUCAUUCCCACCCUCCCCAGCAAAACAGCCACCCAUGGACAUCCCACCCACUAUACCCACAGCCAUUCUUCCUAGGCCAGUGCCUGCUGCACAUAAAAAUGCUAAGCCUGUCCCCAGACCUAAACCCAUUCCAAAGGCCAAACUGGUACCCAAGGCACAGUCCAAAACUUGUGGUUCUGCACAUCUCUCUGGUGGUGAUAUCCAGGUUGAAGAACCAACUAAUGAGGUGGGUGGUGCAGAUAUCCCAGAUGCGGAAGCUCCUGCACCUCCAAAGAAAAAGCCUGCACCUUGUCAUGGUAAAAAGGCUGCCUAG